AUGGGAGCUGCAAAUUUACAAAUUAAUAAAGAUGUAUUCACAUUAAAUAACGGUAAUAAAAUUCCAGCUGUUGGUUUAGGUACGUGGAGAGCUGAUUCUGAAAAAGAAGCUGUAGAUGCUGUUUUAGCUGCAUUAAAAAAUGGUUAUAAACAUAUUGAUACUGCUGCAAUUUAUGCGAAUGAAGAAUUUGUUGGUGAAGCAAUUUCAAAAAGUGGUAUACCAAGAGAAGAGCUUUUCAUUACUACAAAGUUGUGGAAUUCUCGUCAUAAGGAUGUUUCUGCUGCCCUUGAUGAAAGUUUAGGUAAAUUGAAAUUAGAUUAUGUUGACUUAUAUUUGAUUCAUUGGCCAGUAUCAACCAAUCCUGAAACUAAGGAACCAUAUCCUGACCAUGAUUUUGUUGAUACUUGGAAAAAAUUACAAGAAAUCUAUAAAAAAGGUGAUAAAGUUAAAGCAAUUGGAGUUUCAAAUUUUACAGUUAAAAAAUUGGAAAAAUUAUUAUCAGCAGACGGUGUUGAUGUUGUACCAGCAGUUAAUCAAGUUGAAGCACAUCCAUUGUUAACUCAACCUGAAUUAUAUAAUUACUUAAAAGAAAAAGAUAUCUUAUUAGAAGCUUAUUCUCCAUUAGGUUCAGCUGAUUCUCCAUUAUUUAAAAAUGAAACAAUUGUUGAAAUUGCUAAAAAGAAUGAAGUUGAACCUGCUCAAGUUUUAGUUUCAUGGGCUGUUCAAAGACAUACUGUUGUAUUACCAAAAUCAGUCACUGAAUCAAGAAUCAUCUCAAAUUUAAAAACUUUUAAACUAUCAGAAGAAGAUUUUGAAACUUUAAAUAGAUUAAUUGAAAAAGAUGGUGUUACAAGAACAUGUAACCCAGGUUUCAAUAAUUUUGAUGAUUAA